UUCAGUUUUGUUCAGUGACAGUAAGUGAGAACACAGAGACCCAGUCAGUACUGUACCUGUUACAAUGGGCAAGAUCGAGUGGGCUAUGUGGGCUAAUGAACAAGCCCUGGCAGCCGGACUCAUUUACCUAACAGGCGGCAUCGUAGGAGUAGCAGGACAGUUCAGAGACUGGCACUUCGCUGCUUUUGGGAUAGCUGCAGGUGUGUUUGUGUGUGCACUGGAGUACCCACGGAGCAAGAGGGCCAAGGGAACAAGUGUAGAAAGAACUGGUCAGCACUGCUUCACUGUAGUUGUGAAGGCAUUUGGGCCCCUAACUAGAAAUUACUAUGUCAGAGCUGUCCUACAUGCUGCGCUCUGUGUUCCAGGAGGGUUCAUGCUUGCUACAGUGUUGGGCUGUGUGUGCCUUGCAAUAUCCAGUCUAAUCUACCUGUCGGCCGCCAUUCAUGGAGAGCACUGGGAACCCAUACUGCCCAGGAAAGAGCCCACAAAAAAUGUUGGUGAGAGCAUGAAGCAGCCUCCCCAGAACCCCCCUCCACGACCCCCUCCAGAAGUGCGCAGGAAGAGAACAGACGACCUUGAGGCUGCAGCCUACAGUAACCCCAUGUCUGUUACUUCCAAUGAAUAGUGAUCAGCCAUGUCUGUUCAUUACUAGGACUAUAAUGCUGAUUUACAGACCUGUAUGGAGGUGAGAGGUGCAUAUAAAUCUAACUGCAGAGUUAGUAUGUUGGUUAUACUGGAAUUUCGAAGGAAAUGUUUGAGUUAUUUCACAGUUUUACAUUUUGUAGUUUGUGUUUUAAUACAAUGUCUGAUCAUUUAUAUAUGACAGUGUUUUUAUAUAGUGUAUGUGUGUACUACUGUGCAGUCAUGAAUACCAAUGAUAAAUGGCAGGGUGCACAACUCCUAUAAGGUGGCUUAUGAGUCACAGACAAAGAGAAUUAACAAAACCGGUUAUUAAAAUAGAUAAGAUUUUUUUUUUUUUUUUUUAAUCUAUUCAGUGUAUUCAAAUGUGUUCAUUUCUUAAACAUAGUCAUUUAUUUAUACCAACCCGAAAAUACCAAGUGAAUUAUAUUCUACCUGCCGAUUAGUCAUUAUUUUGACUUGGAAGGCAAAUCACAUGCUUGUGACUUUGAAAGGUUCCAGUAGAGUUACACAUGUCCCUAUUACCUGAUUGGGUUCUGACCAGAUUUCAGCAGACUACAAAUACACAAGACCAGAGUUGUGCCCUCCUGCCUAAAAAGAAAUGAAGAACUAAAUUUCAAAAGUAAUCAUAAAUGAUUAGCUGUAAUUAUUUCCAUUUUGUAUAAACUUAGUUACAUGUAAUCAAUGUUUACAGAAUCGGCUUCUGAAAAGUAUUCUACUUGCACUUUCUGACUAAAACUUCUCAUGUCUGAUAUCUACAAUUACUGAGAACAGAAUGAAUCAGAAACAUUACAGUGGUUUGUCGUGUUAGCUCUGGUACUGUCUUCAAUGAUAAAAUGUUCUCGUACAGUGUUUACUAUGCAUUUAUACUGAGAAUAAACUCAGGUUGUUAUAUAAAA